AUGGCCAGGAUAGUACGUGGUGCCGACUUCUUUGGAAUACGAGUGAGCGCGUGCUACCGUUGGCUCGGCGCAGGCAGGCAGCCAGCCAGCCAGCUAGCCAGCCAGCUAGCGGCGGCGGGAGAUGCGGGCCGGUUGCGGGGCGUCGCGUGUGGCACCUGGGCGCGCCGCGCCGCGCCGGCAGGACGGCCGGGCUGCGCUAUCUGCGGUAACGACUUCCGGCGCGGGCCGACACCUCGCGGCCAAUUACCACCGGCGGCCAGCACCUGCUGCCCAGGGACGCCCGGUCCCACGGCCGGGGUCGACGGCAGGCGGCGCGCGUCGCCGUCCACCAACGAUCAGGCUGCCAAGCAAGAAGCUCAGGCUGCCAAGCAAGAAGCUCAGGCUGCCAAGCAAGAAGCUCAGGCUGCCAAGCAAGAAGCUCAGGCUGCCAAGCAAGAAGCUCAGGCUGCCAAGCAAAAAAUACUGAAUCCGGCGCGCGAGCGGCUUUUUCUGGCGCGCCGGUGUCGAGAUGCCGUCAGGCGUCGGGGGCGGCGUUGGCGCAGCAAACAGGUCCCCGGUGGCGGUGCCAGCGCCUCCGCUUGCGCCACAUUCCGGGGCGCGACAUUUCCACAUAAUGAGCGGCCGACACGCCGCCGGACACCUAACAGACCGCCGGCGCUGGCCGCCGCCUCAGACACCUGCGCCGUCGCCAAUCAGACGGGCAGGCGGGCCGAGGAGCGGCGACAGCUCGCACGUGGGCGGGCAGCGAGCGGGCGCGGAUUACAGAGGAGAGACAGACGGACGGCCGCCGUGGCAGUCGGAGGCGGGGGGCGGAGGCGGGAGGCGGGUCGAUCAGCGGGCGCGGAGGCGGCCGACGCCUGCCGGCGCGUCGCGUCAGUUAGCGAGGUGACGAGGGCGGCUGAGUCAGCGCCCAUUAGCAUGUGCCGGCGUCUCCAGACGGCGUGA